AUGGCCGAUGGACUCAUUGGAGAGGGCUCUGCCAAUGGAAAGCAAUAUCCGGGAAAACUGACUUUCCGGGCUCUUAUGUCGUGUAUCAUUGCUGCGUUUGGAGGAUUACUCAAAACCUGGCUAGGUGGAGUCACAUCCAUGAGUCCUUUCUUGAAGAAAUUUUUUCCAAAUGUCUAUGCAAAGAAGCUGAACGUGAAGCCAUCUGAAAAUCUGUAUUGCACGUUUGACAGCCAGGUUUUAACCAUCUUUAUAUCCUCCCUGUAUCUGGCUGCAUUCGUGGCAUCACUCUGCGCGUCUUCCAUCACUCGAAUCUUUGGAAGGCGUCUUACCAUGUUGUCCGGCGGUAUUCUGUUUCUCGCCGGUGCCGGUUUCAAUGCCUUUGCUCAGAAAGUGUGGAUGCUCAUUGUUGGUCGCAUGUUGCUUGGCUUCGGAAUUGGAUGUGCCAAUCAGUCUGUUCCAAUCUAUGUGUCGGAGGUUGCUCCUCACAAAUACAGAGGAGCCCUUAACAUGAUGUUCCAAUUGGCCAUCACCAUUGGAAUCUUUGUCGCCAACGUCCUCAACUGUUUCUUCGUCACGAUGAAUAACGGUGAAGGCUGGCGCUACAGCUUGGGUUUCGCGGCUGUCCCCGCCGUCAUGAUCGUCAUCGGCGCAAUCUUUCUCCCCGACUCGCCGAGCUCCUUGAUCGAGCGUGGCAAAAAUGAGAAAGCCAAGCAAGAACUGAUAAAGAUGAGAGGAACCACUGACGUGGACGAGGAAUUCAACGACCUUGUUGAGGCUAGUGAAUCGCCGAGGUCAGUGAAAAAUCCAUGGGCUACUCUCUUGAAGAGGCAUUAUAGGCCUCAACUCGUGAUAGCCAUAGCCAUUCCUCUCUUCCAACAGCUCACCGGCGUGAAUGUGAUUACAUUCUAUGCUCCAGUUUUAUUCAGAGCUGUUGGUUUUAGCAGUGAGCCUUCUUGUCUUCUGGCUUCUAUGGUUAUUGCAAUUUUUAACGCACUCGCUACUUUUAUUUUAAUCUUCACUGUUAAUAAAAUUGGAAGGCGCAAGCUCUUUUUCGGAGGUGGUGCUCAAAUGUUUAUCUGUCAAAUUGUGUUAACCACCGCCAUAGCAAGUGAAUUUGGAAUCGAUGGAAACCCAGAAUCAUUGACAACAUUGUAUGUGGUCUUUGUGGUGAGUUUUAUAUGCUUCUAUGUGAUGGGAUUUGCAUGGUCAUGGGCUCCUCUUGGAUGGUUAAUUCCUCUAUUUCCCCUUGAAGUCAGACCUGCAGCUCAGAGUAUCAUUGUGUCUGUUAGUAUGAUUUUCAAUUUUGUGAUUGCUCAAGUAUUCACCUCCAUGUUCUGCCACAUAAAAUUUGGCCUCUUCAUCAUCUUUGCUUUCUUUGUUUUGGUUAUGAGUGGUUUUAUUUAUAUAUUUCUUCCUGAGAUCAAAGGAGCUCCUAUUGAAGUUGUAUGGCAAAAUCAUUUUUAUUGGAAGAAAUUUGUCAAGUCUGCAAGUGCUGCAAGUGAAGAAGUUAAUACGAACGUGGAUAAUUCAUGUUGA